AUGGAGCUUGGCGAUUCACAAACAGAAGCAGAAGAUUAUGAUGCAUUUGAAGAAUUAUUGGCUGAGUCACAAGAACCAUCAUCAGAUUUUGAUGUUACUGUUGGACACUUAGAAGAUAUAAUGAUGAGUGAUGAAUUCCGAAGUGUACAAGAUAAAUUUAUGGAUGCAUAUUAUAACGAAUUUGAGGAUACUGAAGAGAAUAAACUAUGCUAUACAGAAAUUCACAAUAAAUACAUCAGUACAGUUGAAAGAAUGUUAGAAAAACAAUUAUGUGAAAGAAUGCCUAAUUUUUCAAUGCGUACAUUUAUGGACAGUCUUGCGCCAAACAGUGACUGUUUAGAUGGAGAAGUAUUUGAAAUGUUAUAUACAUUCUCAGAUUUCCUUGCAUUCAAGGAAAUGAUGCUCGAUUACAAAAAGGUCAAAACAGGACAAACAGUUAAUUUGGAAUUGGCCAAUACCUAUGUCACGUGUAAUUCUCAAGUUACAGAUCCACUAGUUCAAUUAAGUGGAAAUCACAGAUCUUAUGAUCUGUUUCCUUGUAUUACAACAACAUGUUCUAAUGGUGAACAGAAAGACUGUAGUAAUGGGCAUUGA